AUGGCCAGUAACGAAGGGCAGGAGGCUGAGAGAAGAUGCAAACUGGCUUCAGACAAGUCUGGGCCAGACAGGCCAGUAACAGACAGUCUGGAGACUGGAAAGGGGGUCCAGGGCUCCAAGGCUGAGGGCAGAGACUGGACCCAAAAACUGCUGAAGCCAAGUGCCAAUGGGGAACAGGGAAGUACAGUAGAACCAGACCUAGACAGCUGGGAUAGAGACUGUGGUGAAGACUGGGGUGACCAGCCAGGGGUCAGAGGUAGCUUGGGGGAGCUAACAGAAGUGAGUCCAGUUGUUGAGGCCAGCUCAGGGGCAAGUCCAGAGGGUAAUUUCGACUUGGAAGUGGGCUCAAGCAUGAGUCCAGGUUGGUGGAACAUAGUGCUGGGGGUAAUGCAACCCAGGGGUGUGCAGAGUGCUGAGGGUCACUGGUUACCUCUCCACUUCAGCAGAGACCUCCAGGUUGGGCUCUGGAGUCAGAUGAGAGGUAGCCUAAUGGGUCCCAAUGGGCAAGGUCAUGGGCAGGGGCUCUAG